GAGCAACAUCUGGAAUUUGGGGUUAGAAGUGAACAAUAAGGAUUAGCAGCAGAAGCACUUCAGAUAGAAAUGAUAUGGAUGCUGUAACAAAGAAAAACAAACGGGAUGGAACAGAAGUCACAGAGAGACUUAUUACAGAAACGGUUACCACCAGAUUGACAUCUCUUCCCCCCAAAGGAGGUGGGAGCAGUGGACUCAAAACAACAGCUUAUAGUGGAGGGAGUGGAGUGGAAAAGAGGACAUACACCCAUGGCAGCAGCUAUGUCACAGCCAGUGGAAACUCUAGAAUGAAUACCUCCUCUUCUUCCUACAAGCAAGCUACCACUCCUUCCUCUACACUUCCCAAAUCACCUGGCUCAACUUUUGAACGAAAAACCUAUGCUACCCGCCAUGCUACAUACGAAGGGAGUUCCAGUGCAAAUUCUUCUCCAGAGUUUCCAAGAAAAGAUUAUGGUUCCUCUGCUACUAGGGGGCGAAGCCAAACUCGAGAGAGUGAAAUCCGAGUGAGACUGCAGAGUGCUUCUCCAUCAACCAGGUGGACAGAACUGGAUGAUGUCAAGCGACUGCUGCGGGGAAGUCGAUCAGCUAGCGCCCGCAACACGUUCCCAUCAAGCACACUCCCUAUACCUAAGAAAGCUGUUGUGGAAACCAGAUGGUGACAGAGAGCACACAGUCAGGUAUGUCUCAGGACAUACGACACCACCAUCUUGAAUGCGCCUUGCCAUCAUACAGUGUCCCCCACCCUGCCCGCAGGGUCAUCUCUUGGCGGCUACCACCACAACAUGGCCCAAAGCUCAUCUCUGAUCAACACUGCAGCCCAUUCCACUGGAUCAGUGUUUGGAGUCCCAAACAACUUGGCUCCCAGCUGUCCCACUCUGAACACUGGUCUCAGCACUUCUUCAACAGUAUAUGGUGUUCAAAACAAUCUGACACCAAAUACAAUUGGUGCUGCCAACGCUGCAACCACAACCUCCACAGUGGCAACUGGAUAUGGAGUAAAGAAAAAUACUGUGCAGCAGAGCUCAGGAGUAACUAGUACUGGUGUGUCCACCUCAUCUACAACUGCUGCCACUACUGUAGGCUCUCAGAAUGAUGACAUCCUGCGUAAAGACUGCAAGUUCUUGCUCCUAGAAAAAGAGAAUGUAACUCCCAAGAAAGAGAUGGAACUGUUAAUCAUGACCAAGGACAGCGGAAAAGUUUUUAAUGCAUCCAGCACCGGGCUCAGUGGAGGCUAUUAUACAGAAGACACACUGAAGAAAGAUAAGCAGGCCAUGUCUUCCUCUUAUGGUGGAGAUUCCUAUCUGAAAUCAGAAACAAAUGGAGGGCUAAAAUCUGUUUCAACAAAGGACAAAGCCACCUAUGCAGAAAUCCAAGGUGAUAAUGGCUGCGGAGGGGCAGGUGCUGCUCCAGCUUGGUGUCCUUGUGCCUCCUGUUGUAGUUGGUGGAAGUGGCUCCUGGGUUUGCUCCUGGCCUGGCUGUUACUACUUGGCCUGCUUUUUGGGCUUAUUGCUUUAGCGGAGGAAGUGAGGAAGCUGAGAUCCCGUGUGGAGAGUCUUGAAUCCCGUGCCAGCUACUGGCAAGUUCCUGCUGAUGGUGAACAAAAAGUGUAUGCCAACAAAGAUGCGCAAUAUGCCAGACUUGGAGCAAAACUGAGUGACAUGAAUGAAUAUCAGCUGUGGUCAUUAAUGAAAAGUCGACUAGAUGCAGAGAGAAAUCAAGGUUAUUUCCGAGGAGAAAAAGGUGAUAUGGGUGUCCAAGGACCAAAAGGAGAUCGAGGGCUCCCCGGUAUACCAGGUGCUCCAGGUUUGAUUGGGCAUGCUGGGCCUGAAGGACCAAAAGGACAGAAAGGUAGCAUGGGUGAAAGUGGCAUGGAGGGUCCCAUGGGACAAAGAGGCCGAGAAGGACCUCCAGGACCUCGUGGGGAGCCUGGACCACCUGGAUUUGGAGAGAAAGGUGACAGAGGUCCAGUUGGAGAUCCAGGACCUCAGGGUCCACCAGGCGCCCCAGGUUCAAUUGGGCCUAAAGGUAUGAUGGGUUCAACAGGGCCCCAUGGUCCUCCUGGUCCCCCUGGGCUUCAGGGAUUCAGAGGCGAAGCAGGUCUCCCAGGUGUUAAAGGUGAAAAAGGAGGCAUGGGAACACCUGGGCCCAAAGGCGAUCAAGGAGAAAAAGGUCCCCGUGGUCUUACAGGUGAACCAGGCUCCAGAGGGCUACCUGGGCCUACAGGUGAACCAGGAGCUAAAGGAUCAGCAGGUAAGCGGGAAUAUGCCGUCCCCCCCGGCCCAGAUGGACACCAAGGUCUCAGAGGAGAACAAGGUCUUAUGGGAAUACAAGGCCCACGAGGUCCACCUGGGCCUGCUGGAGAUGCAGGGCAGCCAGGUCUCACAGGACCUCAAGGACCACCAGGGCUCGUGGGCAGUCCAGGCCGGCCAGGACCUAAAGGUGAACCUGGAUCACCAGGCAGGGUUACUACUUCAGAUGGUGGAUCCGCUAUUGCUCUCCCAGGACCUCCAGGCCCACCUGGGGCUGUUGGACCUCCAGGGCCACCAGGUGUCCCAGGUCCUAUUGGUCCUGCUGGUCUUCCUGGAGCUCAAGGUCCUCGUGGUGAGAGAGGCCUCCCAGGUGAAUCCAUAAUGGUUGAAACCAACAGAGUGGUAGAGUCAGCUCCUCUUGGAGCAAGUGUACAAGGAGUACCGGGACCUCCUGGACCACCAGGUCCACCAGGACCACCAGGUAUAACCAUUGAAGGCCCACGAGGACCCCGUGGCCCACCAGGGGAAGGUCUUCCAGGUCCUCCAGGCCCACCAGGGAGACCAGGAUCCUUUGUGCCCACGUCUGAAACUUUCUUUGCUGGCCCACCAGGUCCACCUGGUCCUCCAGGUCCAAAGGGAGAUCAAGGAUCACCUGGUCCACGAGGAUUCACAGGGGAACCAGGCCAACCAGGUCUUCCAGGAAUCUCUGCAGCAGGUGCUGGAGUUGCCAUUCAAGGGCCACCAGGGCCACCAGGACCCAAAGGAGAUAAAGGUGAUGCAGGUGUACCGGGAGCCCCUGGCAUUCCUGGAGGAGCAGGAUCAAGAACUUCUCAAGGCCCUCCUGGUCCCCCAGGCCCUCCCGGACCACCAGGCUCAGGAAUUAGCUCAAUGAGAGAGGUUCAGCAGUACAUCUCCGAGUACCUGCAGAGUGACACUGUUGGACGCUAUCUCAUUGGACCCCAAGGUCCACCUGGUCCUCCAGGACCUCCAGGAAUCACCAUUGGUGGUGCAUCCUUGGAUUAUGAUGAAUUGGCCCGCCGUGUUAUGAAUUAUAUGACUGCUUCAGGUUCUUCAUUUGGUAUGUCUUCCUCUUCUAUCUCUUCCUCCUCAACAACAUUUUCUUAUGAAGAUCUUCUUGCCAUGCUGCAGAGAGAUGAAAUUCGGCCAUAUCUUAUUGGACCCCAAGGUCCCCCAGGUCCCCCUGGGCCACCUGGACUGGGAGGAGAUGGCUUAUCUGUAUCGUUGGACUAUGAUGAAAUGGCAAGACGUGUUAUCAACUAUAUGACAAGUUCUGGCCUUAGCAUUGGGCUUCCUGGCCCACCAGGUCCUCCUGGUUUGCCUGGAACAUCUUACGGAGAUAUCUUAGCUCUGCUCCGAGACUCUGAAUUUAGUGGCAUCGUAGGACCACCUGGUCCCCCAGGCCCACCGGGAAGCUCUCUCUCCACCCUCACAUCAGAGGAAAUCUUGACAUACUUGCAAAGUGUGGGAUACUCCUCACUUUCUGGACCCCCUGGCCCACCUGGCCCACCAGGGCCUCCAGGUCCACCUGGCUUUUCAGGAACUGGCCUUAUUUCUUACGGCGAUGGUAUCUGGACUGACGAGUUCAGGAGUGAAUUGAUCCAAUACCUUACUAGUGAUGAUGUACGUGGUUUCAUCAGAGGACCUCCUGGACCACCUGGGCCACCUGGCCCAAGAGCAGAUAGCAACUUUAUGGGCGAAUCUUACAGAGGGUCUGCAAAUUCAGAAGGGUCAUAUAGCAGAUCUUCAAGUUCUGGCAUGUCUUAUGAUGCAUCAUUAUCCAGAGGAGGAUCCUACAGCAGUUCAUUGGGAAGCAAUGGAGAAUUUGAUGGAUCACUUGGAGCUGGUGGAUCUUAUGGUGGCUCACUGGGAGCUGGUGGAUCUUACGGUGGCUCACUGGGAGCCGGUGGAUCUUACGGUGGCUCACUGGGAGCAGAUGGAUCACAGAUUAGAUCUUCGGGUGCUGCAGGCUCCUAUACUGGAUCAUUUGCUGGGUCACUGGAUUAUAAUGAGUUGGCUGCCAGAGUGUCUGAAAAUAUACAGAGCCGAGGUCUCCUCCAGGACAUGAUGACUUACGCUGUGCAAGGACCACCGGGACCUCCAGGGCCUCCUGGCAUCCCAGGCAUCAGUAGAGUGUUUGCAUCCUAUGGCAAUGUCACUGCAGACCUCAUGGAUUUCUUCAGAACUUAUGGAACGAUUCCAGGGCCACCUGGACAGAAAGGAGAGAUGGGAUUCCCAGGACCAAAGGGUGAUAUUGGACCAAUGGGCCCACCAGGUCGGCAAGGCCCCAGAGGACCAAGGGGUGAAAAGGGUGAGAAAGGUGAACAAGUAUACGUUGGUCGAAGGAAAAGGAGAAGCAUAGGAGUAUAAUCUAAGAACACAAAUUAGGACAGAUGCUUUCUAAAUCAUUUGUCAGGGACGUAGCCAGGGGGGGGGGGAUCUGGGGGUCCGGACCCCCCCCUUCCAUUAGAAAAAUGAAUGGUGUGUGCUGCUGCGCCGCCGCACUCAAGCCCCAUUAUAAUAGUGGCACUUAGUCUGGACCCCCCCUUCCUAAAAUCCUAGCUACGUCCCUGCAUUUGUGGUUGUUUGUGUUUUAUCCCCAGUCAACAUAAAAAUCCCAGUUUCCAGUGAAUUCCAGCAAGUGACCACCCAGUUGCCACUAACAUCUGAUAUUUGGUGAAUUAAUGAUUUCCUUAACAUGUUUAGAACUUGGGUGGCUUCCAAUAUUACAUAUUGAAUUAACUACCCAUUUGUUUGUUAUCACAUAUACAUUAGAACUGUGUAUAACCUUAGUCUGAUGUUACACAGACAUAGCCUCUGAAGCUUAAUUUACUGUCCAGGAUACAUACAACCCAGCUUCUCCAGAUGAAGAUUAGAAUGAGAAAUCUUCGAUAGAAAAUGAACCAAAAAUAAAAAAGAUUGGAGAUCAUAUAGUAGCUUCUUACCUUAGGGCAAAAUAUAUUUAAAAUUACCAAGGAUCUGGCUUUAAAAAGAGCAGACACAGCAAAGUGUGCUAAUUUGCAAAUAUAUGCCAGUGGGAUGCAUAACAAUUCACUGUUGUGGUUUUUAAAAAUCUUUUAAACCCCUAUUAUUAGUUGCAUUGCAAAAAUGUGAAGGACUGUGGGGCUAUUAGUAUUUAAAGCACUUUUGUUAGAUUUUAAAAAUGUUUUCUGUGGUUUUUAUUAUAUUAAAAGUGCUAUUUUAAUAUAAAACUUCCCAAUUAAAGCUUCUUUACACUUUGAUCCCAUUUAAAGGAAACCAGACACUACAGUAUUAUGGUAGGCUUAAAGAUACACUUAAGUGCAGUGGCAUAUUCCCAUAUUAAGCUCAGUACCUGUACAUCUAAAAGUGAGCAGUUUUAUAUGCAUCUAUUCGUCCUUCUCCUGCCUCUUUAAUUCUUUGUGGUAUGAAUUCUUUAACCCCAUAAAUAUACAACCUUCAUCCCAACACUUGUGAAAGUUUUGAGUAUGAUCAGUCACUUAACCUUCACGUGAUUUGAUUAUAUGGUGAUAUCUUGUUCAUUUACAAACAGUGUAAAUAUACUGUACUACUACAUACCACUAUAUGGAUGCUUACACUCAAAACAGUUUAGCUAAGCAUGAUCUGUGAAAAGUAAUUUAUAUAUUCUAAGUAUAUCCUAGGUUCUAUGUAACUUCAAAUUUCAUUAGCAAUUUAAUUUUUGCAUCCUUUGAAAGUAUUGUCUGAAUCAAGGACAUCCAAAAAAAAAGUUAUGAAACUGAAGCUAUUAAAAACUGCUCAUAGAAUUCAUCCACAAUUCCCGCAUCUGACAUGAAUUUAACAAUAACAACAACAAAAAAAUCUCAACACAACAUUAGGAAGAUUAGUAACAGAGGUGGGAGAAUAAAUUUUGGACCUGAUAGUGAACUGGCUAUUGCUAGGGAAAUCAAUAAAUGAUUAUCAAAACAAAACUAACUUUAUCCAGUACAAAGCUGUAGAUAGUGGAAAUGCAAGUCUUAGGCCACAAAGCAGAAAACAAGUAACUCACUGAGGGUUUCAGUGCCUUUCCUCUAACAAACUACACAUACCUGGCAAACUACUUUUGUUUCUUGGGCACGUACGUUUGAAAAACAGCUUAUGAUAUAUGGCUUUAUUGGAGUCGGGGCAGCCUGCUGAUAGAAUAAAAAAGCUAAAUAGCCCAGUAUUGUAUAUAAAUCUUUGAAUACAUUCAAAAGUAUCUUUUUGAGCCUGUGAGCAGUGUCAUGAUUGAUGGAAAAGGAAUUCUAGCUUUGAUCCCAAUGAAAUAGAAGCACAGGCAAGGUAAAAUAAAUAUUUUGUAACUGACAUAUGGGAUUUCUGAUUGAGAUCUUGGAAUAAACAUCCUACUGAACAGAAUAUUUUCUUUCAACAUAUAAAGCACCUUCCCAUGCAUUUGAACAGCUGUAUCUGUUAACAAGACAUUUGCCUUUUUAAAAUAAAGAUACUUCUAAAGUU